AUUCAUUCAAAGAUCACACCACAUGCAUUCUACUAAUCUCUACUCCAACUCUAUCUCUCCACUUAUAUAGCAUUGAGGUAGGUAGCGAGGAGACUCACUGACUCACCAUUUGCUUCUCCUCUCGGCUCUCGAUCCGAGCGUGGAGCGUGAGUAGAAGAAACCAGACCAAAGGCGGUGUCUAGCUAGACUCUUUGAGUUUCACAGAAGUAAGCAAGCCAAAACCAAAUCAAACUUCUCUUCUAGUUCAAACCCUCCACCUUUUUCUUUGUUUGUUUGUUUGUUUGUUUUUUUAUUUGUUUAUUUAUUUAUCUUCAUAGGGUUGCUUUGAGUUGAGUCAACUCUUUGUUUGAAUGUCUUCUCAUCUUUCCUUCCAUGAUGACUUGCUUUUUCCGGCUCCAUUCUCCGACAUGGUUUCCCCGGAAGUGGACUUACAGUUCCUAUCGGAGCCUUUCUUCCCUUUCACUGAUCCAACCUCUGAUAUCCUCCACUCCUCCGACGACCCAGACCUUCAAUUUCCAGCCCACCCAUCUCCCUCUGCUAACCAAAGUGUCACUAAUAUCCUCUCCUGCUCCCCUCCAAGCCUGCAGCUGGACAAUUUAUCUCUAAGCCCCACUAUGCAAUUGCAGCCUGUACCCACUGUAGAGUAUUCAGCACAUGGGAAUACGGGGUCUUCAGCUAGCGAUGUGUUGGGAAUUAAAUCGGGAGAGUGUUAUGUGGGUUUUGAUAAUUUGGAUGACUCUUCUCCUUUUGCUCACAGUAAUGCUACUGUGAGGGGAACUGGGAUUAUACAGAGGAGCUUCAGUAGCCAAUAUCUAGACCUAAAACCGAGAUUUAUCUACCAACCUCCCUUCAAUUCUCUCGUGGAAAACCCAAAUUCCGAAAUCCAGUUUGUGGCUGUGGGUUCGCCUGAAAACAAUAAAUUAUCUAUACCCAUGAGGAGGGUUUGCAGUACUGGCGAUUUACAAAGAAUCAAUGGGACGCAAGUAACCCAUGGGUUAUCCUCAAGCCCCUUGGGCACUGAGAAUUCGUUCAUGGAGGAAGCUAGUUUGAAGGUUGGACGUUACAGUGCAGAAGAAAGAAAACAGAGGAUUCUCAGGUACAGAAGCAAGCGCACCCAACGAAAUUUCAACAAGACAAUAAAGUAUGCAUGCCGAAAGACGCUAGCCGACAGUAGACCUAGAGUACGUGGAAGAUUCGCCCGUAACGAUGAAACUGGAGAGAUUCCCAAAGUUACAGGGCUCAACCGAGAUGAAGAAGACGAUGACGAGCUUUGGAUUGUUGGGUUCCAAGAAGAUGAAGAGACGAUGAUGAGCGGCGGUUUCCUCAGUCCCACUACCCAGUUUCAGUACCACGGCUUCUGAAAUCUGAUAGUUGGGAGAAGAUCCCUUUUUAAGUUUCUCUUGCACGGCUAUCCGUCUAUCCAUUUUCCUCUCUCUCUCUCUAUAUAUAUAUAUAGAUAAUUAGAUAUAUAAUAUGAAGCUCUAGUAAAUUAUGCCCAGAAGAGGCCUUUGGAGCGAUGCAAUGUGAAGCUCGGCUCAAAUAAUUUUAGUCUGGACUCUGGAGUUGGGGGUAAAAGUGUGGCAGGAGAGUAUUAGCUAUUAGCUACUAGCUAGCUCUAAGUCAGUUACUUGGAAUUCACCGCGAAAAUAAGGACCCUACUACACCCAGUGCAUUUCCAUUUUAUCACCUUGCCUGCUGUAAUAUAUACCAUCACAUCACAUCACAUCAUUGCCAUUUGUCAAUGUGUUGAAAUGUUAUAUUUGUAUGCCAUUUGGCAGGAAAAUGUACCUUUGAAAACCAGGUUCUCCUCUUUUUGUAAAUUAUAUGUGAAUUAUUACUUGUGAAUAAUUUGCGAUUGCAAUGUUUGGGGAUUUUUUUUCUCUUCUGUUUGGCGAUUACAUCUGCAAAUGUGUAGUUACAGCAAUGUUAAAGUAGUACCACUUUUUUGUUUUUUUUUGGCCAUUGUUCACUUCAUCAUUGUAACGCUAUGUGUAACAUGAAACAUCCA